UUCAAUUUCUUCUCAUUUCCACGCCGUAGCCUAGGCUAUUCUAUUCUGUCUUCAAUUUCUUCUCAUUUCCACGCGUAGCCUAGGCUAUUCUAUUCUGCAACAGUGCAGAACUUGCGUUGCGGUAACAAACAUAAAAUACCGCUUGAUUGAUUUGCUCAUAUUUUACCGACUGUAGUGCGCUUUACAGUUAGUGAGAAGACGUCGGAGAACCGCAUGAAUGGAUUUACUACAAAUAACUAUAGACAGAGGAAAGAAUGAAAUAGCACGCUCGUUUUGCUGAACGUUUCUAACAUUUGCAUUUUCACGUAACGUGGACUAUUGUUAAUUUGGAAUGAGCUAAACCUGUAACGGGGAUGGACAUUAUUUUAGUACUUGUAUAUGUGUUUUCAAAUGCAUUUUAUGUAGCAGGCCAUCUUGUAAUUUUACAUAGCAAAUCCACGAAAAUAGAAAAUAGUUUUAUAGAUAACGCACAGUUAUGUGCGCAUGACAGAACCACGAAGAGGGAUAUAUUUUGUGGUACACAUUUCCUGUUUCCUAGCAACGAGCAGGAAGUAUGUGGAAUGGGAUGGAAGAAAAAAUAAUCAAACAAGACUGGUCUUUUAGGAAUAUAAAUAACUUUGUGGUGAGUAAAAACAUAGUGCUGGAUUUAAAUACCAUACACUAGACAUUCCAGAACAUAUUUGGCUGGACGCAAGAAUCAAAUAGAAGCACUCAUGUUGUACCUGCAUCCAUUCUACCACAGAAAGUACAUUUAAUAUUCAAUGGAGUGGUACUAAAUUGAUCCCAUUCUUGUGCAGUCUUCCUAUUUGGACCGUACAAUGAAUGUAAGCUCUUGUAAUAUGGAGGUGCUGGGAAUCUGAUGUAUUUCCCCCACAAUUAUCUAGCUCAAAUAUUUACAGUACUAUCCUGUAAUGGCUAUGCAAGAGCUUGGCAGGACUAAAGGCUUCUCUUGCAAACACUGUGGCAUAGUGUGCUCCAACAUGCCAAGCCUUCUGGAACACAUGGAUAGUCACUACCAGCAAGAAGAAGAUCGCAAGUUCAGAUGCGAUGAAUGUGGCCGACGCUACAGGCAUGCCGGUAGCUUGGCUAACCACAAGAAAACACACGAGUUGGGUUCUUUUCAUUGUCCAAUAUGUGCUAGGAAGCUCUCAAACCCUCUGGCCCUGAAGAGCCAUCUGCGCAUCCACACAUCACAGAAGAAGUACUCCUGCGUGGACUGUGGGAAGGCCUUUAGGCUAGCUAUUCAGCUGGCCACCCAUCAAAAGGUCCAUCUCUCUGGGCAAUCGAAGAGGAGAGCCGGUUGGAGGGCCACUGCAGAAUAUUCUCCAAUUGAGAAUAGGGAUGAAAUUGAAGAUCAUGAUGACUUUGAAAAGCUGUCGAUCUUGGUGGCUGACCAGCAAGACACGGGGAUGGAUAUUGUGUCUGAUAAUAACCUUAGCCAGGAGGACGCAGAGGUUAUCCCCAACUUGGUAAAUUAUUGUGAAAACCUGGGUUUUGAAGCAGGGGAUCGACCUUUCAAAUGUGGUCAGUGCGAAAAGUCAUAUAGACACCAUGGAAGCCUGAUCAAUCAUAAGAAGUCUCACCAGGUAGUGCACUCAAACAUCCCUAUCUGUUUCAAGCAGUUAAAUAAUCUUGCUGCCCUCCAUAGUCACCAGAGAACCCACAACAAGUCCGAAAGUGGGCCAGACACCCAUUCCUUGGAAGUCACUUACGCAGGCAGAGCACCAGAGCAGUUUUCACCCUUGAACAGGGAUGCUCCAGUGCAUUUCUGUCACCUGUGUCAAGUGAUGUUUCCUAAUGAUGAUGAGUUCCAGGAACACAUCCAAAAGCAUAAUUCUUCCUCCAUGUCCUUUGGGCACGAUCAAGGUUUAUCUGAGGAUCAUCAUGACUCUUAUGACCUUAGUGUCACUCCUUCUCCUGACUCAAACUUUUAUUCACCACCUCUAAACAAUACUCCAUUGAUGGAUCAUCAAGGGGAGCAGAUCAAUGAUAUUCAAAUAUACUCUGUCCACUCCAGUAACAAAUCCACCUUGAAUACUCAGGGAGAGCCCCUAAUCUUGGAUCCAGAGAUUCCUGCUGUCGAUCUAAGUAAAGCAGAAAAGUCCUCAGUUACAGAAAACGGUGAGCGCCGCUUCAAGUGCCAGGUCUGUGGCAAAAGCUACCGGCAUGCCGGGAGUCUCAUCAACCACAAGCGUUCUCAUCAGACAGGCAUUUACCAGUGUUCCAUCUGCCGCAAGACUUACCCACACAUGGCUGCCCUCCGCAGCCAUGUCCGCAUCCACAGGCCCCAUCCGUCCUCCUUUAGCCUCGGCUCUGAAGGAGACUGGCUCUCUUCUGAGCCCCUAACACUGGAGAACCAGCAGGCCUGCUUUUCCUCUCAGGAGGGAGAUGCUAGCAAUAUGAUGACUCUCGCUCAGGAGAACACAAGUGAACACGGCAUUGGAGGAUCAUGCCAUGUGCAGUUUGACUCCGCCUUUCCCCAGGACAGAACUGUGCACCUACCUCACAACGAACGCCAGAUGGAGAGUCACAUGUGUGCAGACUGUGGCGAAACAUUUGCAGACAUCGCAGGAAUCAAAUUGCACAUAUGCCCCCUGCUACAACCGCAGCAAGAGGCCAUGUCAAAUGACUAUGACAGUAAGUUAACCUUCUUGGACACUAAUGGCCGAUGCACCAUGGGAAAUCCAGGAGAUCAUGUAGAGUUCCAGGGACUGAAUGGCAGCCCUAGACAAAGGUACUGUGGUGAACAUGACUUAUAUGAAGGCUUGAACAGGGAGCAGUUAAAUGGUGAUGGCAAAGAGGAGGAUGAAAAGGAUGAUGACGGAGAGCUCUAUCAGUGCUCAGCAUGUGGGAACCGCUACACAAGCAUGAGGGCUCUGAGGAGUCAUCUUCGUGGCCACACUCAAUCCCAUGGUACUCCUACAAGCUCCGGCCCCUCCUCCAUGUCCUCCCUAGAGGCUGAAAAAGAAGAGGACCCUGGAAAGAGGAUGGAUGGGGGUCUGAUGAUCUGCAGUACUUGCGGAAAGAGUUUUGCCAAGAAGCAGGACAUGCUUUCCCAUCAGCUCAUACACAAUAAAGCACAGGCAGAUGAUGCUAAACACAUACAUAUGGACAAUAGUAAUGGAACUAGGCACAAAGAGGAGGCGGACAGCAGCAUCUGUGGAAAUUGCGAUAUAUUUUGCACCAGUUACCAUCAUCUUGAGACCCAUCAAUGUACAACAAAUGGGAAAAGUGAAUCUUCAAUCGGUGUUGAAAAAAAUGAAAUGGGUGGCUCUGUCAACCGUAAAGAAUUAGGACACCUGAAAGAGAAUUUAAACAAUGGGGAUCGCCAGUACAAGUGUGAUCAGUGUGGGAGAGCAUACAGACAUGCUGGCUCCCUUCUCAACCAUAAAAAGUCCCACAAAACGGGAGUGUUCCGCUGCAUGGUUUGCCAGAAGCGCUUCUACAAUCUGCUGGCCCUUAAGAACCAUCAGAGGACCCACUUUGAUGUUAAGAGACAUACUUGCAAUGAAUGUGGGAAGGCAUUCAAGAUACAGAAGCAACUAUUGAACCACCUAAGAUUUCACAAGGAGAACCAUGCCAAAAUACAGGAGCUCAACAACCAGAUUCAGGCCGUCAUGCAGAUGAAUGGUACGAGGUCAGAGGGAGGAAUGCGCUUGCUUAAUGCACCUGUCAAUCAAGCCACCACCACCCACAAAAAGGGUGGUGGUAGGCCAACCCCCAACAGAAAGAAUCCCAGUGUGGAGGAGGGGGCUCAGACUCGAGUCAAAUCAGUGGAAGCAGGCGACCCUCGCCCCUACUCCUGUGACCAAUGUGGGCGAACGUAUCGACACGCAGGAAGUCUGGUCAAUCACAAGAACUCUCACAAGACUGGUGAAUACUACUGCUCUGUUUGUAACAACACCUACUCCAACCAGCUGGCUAUGAAGAACCACCUGCGCAUCCACUUCUCAGUUAAAAAGCACAAUUGUCAAGAGUGUGGUAAGGCCUUUAGGGGAAAGAAGCAGUUGUCUAGCCAUAUUUGCGCACAUCUCAGAAAGGAUAUGCCAGGAGGGGUCAGGGGAAGAGGUCGCAGACGAGCAAGAAACGUUAAAUGUAAGCAGUGCAGACAGACGUUUAUAUCUGCUGACCAACUGACAGCCCAUACCUGUGGGUCACUGGCAAACUCAUCAGAGGGCAGUGAUGGACAAACGAGUAUGUCCUUGAAAAGGGAGGAGCGACCAUUCACCUGCAACAUCUGCAAUCGCAGCUACCGCCACGCAGGCAGUCUCCUGAAUCAUAAAAACACUCAUAAGUCUGGCCACUUCAGCUGCACUUUCUGCUCCAAGCCCUUUUCUAACCCCAUGGCGUUACGCAACCACACACGAAUCCACACACAAAAGAAGAAGCAUGUCUGCCUGACCUGCGGGAAGGCGUUUCGGUUGGCCAGUAUCCUUCAUAACCACCAGAAGGUCCACACCAGGGUGGCCAACCACUUCAGCUGCCCAGAAUGUGGCAAGACCUUCCAGGGCAAGUCUGGGCUGAAGAGGCACCGCUGCCGGGGGGGUCAGGAUGACUCGGCUAGAGCUUGUGACCACUAUCACAGAGAGAGUGGAGACAAGUGCUUCACGUGUGACCUCUGUGGACGCUCAUACCGCCAUGCUGGCUCCCUGCUCAACCAUAAAAAGACGCACUCAGAAAACCUCCACCACUGUACCUUGUGCCUCCAGACUUUCCCUGACCUCCUCGCCCUCCAGAUCCACUCCCAGAUGAAGCGCCACUGCUGUCCAGACUGUGGCAAGACCUUCUGUCUCAUCUCGCACCUGCAGAACCACAUGGAGGUGCACUCCAAGGACCGCACCCUGGUCUGCAGCCCCUGCCAUCAGAGCUUCCCCAACCCAGCCAGGUACCAACAACACCAGGAACUGCACCACCGGGCCCAAGGGCAUUAUCAACAACACAACAUGCAAAUGGAGGAUGACCUAAGCUGGGAAUCGGGACUAGACCAAACCAUGGAGCUCCAAGGCAUCCCCAAGCUGGUCCCGGCGUUUGCCCACAUGCACAAUGGCAUGCCCAACCAGCAGGAGAGAAACGAGGUACCCUGUAUAGGGAAGAAGAGCCACGUGUGUGAGCACUGCGGCCGCACCUACCGCCAUGCAGGUUCCCUCCUCAACCACAAGAACAGUCACAAGACCGGCGCCUUCUUCUGCUCCGUGUGCCAGAAGGAGUUCACCAACCUGAUGGCGCUGAAGAACCACCGGCGCAUCCACACGGAGCCCAAGCGCUACCAGUGCCUGGAGUGCGGCAAGGCCUUCCGCGUGUCCACCCAGCUCAUCUGCCACCGGAGGAUCCACACCAAAGAGAAGCCCUUCUCCUGCCUGCUGUGCGACAAGCGCUUCUCCAGCAAGUCAAACCUGCGCCACCACCAGAAGAUGCACCAGAGUGGUGGCCAGGACUACGAGUCCUCCUUCGGCAUGGAUACUAACAGUUUUAUGGACUUGGACAUGGGCUCUUUUCUCUGAGUCAGGACUCCGUGUCAAAUGCUUAUUAUAUUAUUCUCCCCAUUCACUGGACCCCUAUCGGUAAUUGUAAAGUGGAGUGUUCCACAAAGCCCCAGUAGAGACAGCGUUUACUCUUGAUGUUGAAUCAAAUCAAAUUUAUUUAUAUAGCCCUUCGUACAUCAGCUGAUAUCUCAAAGUGCUGUACAGAAACCCAGCCUAAAACCCCAAACAGCAAGCAAUGCAGGUGUAGAAGCACAGUGGCUAGGAAAAACUCUCUAGAAAGGCCAAAACCUAGAGAGGAACCAGGCUAUGUGGGGUGGCCAGUCCUCUUCUGGCUGUGCCGGGUGGAGAUUAUAACAGAACAUGGCCAAGAUGUUCAAAUGUUCAUAAAUGACCAGCAUGGUCGAAUAAUAAUAAGGCAGAACAGUUGAAACUGGAGCAGCAGCACGGUCAGGUGGACUGGGGACAGCAAGGAGUCAUCAUGUCAUGUAGUCCUGGGGCAAGGUCCUAGGGCUCAGGUCCUCCGAGAGAGAGAAAGAAAGAGAGGAGGACACUUGUUGAACUCUUCAAAGCUGCCUCACAAACAUUUCAUUUUUCUGAUUAUGCUUUGGUCAUACACUUUUGGAGUGGUCGAAGGAUUUCUUAUUUCUAGCAGGGAUUGUGGCACUGUUAAAAUUCCCAGAUGGGCACAGGCGACAGUGUGUCAAAUCUUUAUAAGAUUAUUUUCGCAUGGAGUGCACAUUGUCACUGAAUCAUUUAAUGCUAUAGGAGUGAGAACUAUUGGACCUCCUUCCAUACUGACUGUAUCAAUGUCCUCACAAGGUAGACAGUCAAUUUCCCAACCAAAGUGAACCGACGUAACAGAACUGUUUCAGCCCAGUUCCUGCAUUUGAGAUUGAUUUAUACAAUGACUCAUAUUUUUAUGAGAAAAGUGCUGUUCUGAAAUUGUAAUUUCCUCUCGCUAUCUAUUACUGUGUUCAGUGCCUCCGUCGGUUCAAUUCUCUGCCCAGCUUAUCAAAAGUGAGGGCUGUUCUCAUUAUUUUGCCAUAGGUUAGAGAAAAGUGAUCAAUUUGACCAUUUCUGAUGUGGCUUCAAUAAGCAUGACCUCCUAGUCUUACCCAGAGGAUGAUAUCAAAGGUAUUUACUGAAAUCAUGUAAUCAAGUUGUUUUAGUGAUGGUGAUAUUUGGGUACACCCUUUGAGUGACAUUUGUAUGCUAAAUGGGCAUAUUUAAUUAUUUAUUCCUGUUCCUAUUCCUUAUUUUAAAUUUUUCUGUGUGCACUUUGAUAUAUCAUUUUCUAUGAAUUUAAAAAAUAUCCUAUGUAGCAUUUAAGGGAAUUCCUCAAUCUGUAAUUCCAUUCUCAAUUGGUGCGACUCCAACACAGGUAGGAAUGCAUUAGCCAAGGACAGUGGUCUUGCCAGCACUGUGGUUUUGCCACAUUAAAAUGUCUGAUGUGCAAAGCAUUGUAGAUAA